AUGUUUGGGUCAAAAUGGUGGAUUUGGGCGGCGAUCGCAGUAUCGUCGCCGUCCCUUGCGGCCAAGGCACCUUGGGAUCUUGGUCAUGGCUUCAAUCUUGCCGUUGAUGAAAGCAUCAACCAUCUCUCUAUCGCGCGCUAUGGACGUACGAUCUGGGAGACCGUAGCUGGACAACCCUUUCUAAGUGCCAGCGCUGGUAAUGAUCAAGUCGUUGCUUCUAGCGGCAAUUUCAACAUCAUAGAAAUUGAUAGAAGCAAAUGCACUGGACAACGAAUUAGCCAAGUUACUCAACGUGCCAACGACAAUGCGGCCCUUGUGCGAGGCAUCUUGUCGGGUUGCGGAAAUGAGACAACGCGCUUCUCCCUUUCGCUGUGGGUUCCCGCAGAGCUGCCAGAUCGCGUCGCCUUCCAUAUCGACCUAAACGCUGGUUCUUCAAGCUCGGACGCGGCUACCAAGUUGUUUUUCACCUAUUCCUCGUCGCCAUCGGAGGACUUUUAUGGUCUUGGCGGCCAGGCAUCCUUUGCUUCUUUCAAAAAUCAGUCUGUGCCUGUCUUCUCGCGUGAACAAGGUGUCGGUCGGGGUGACCAGCCAACCACCCGUUUGGAGAACGAGGACAGCUACUUUGCCGGGGGCGACCACUUCACUACGUAUUCGGCUACUCCCCAAUACAUCACUUCGGAGUCCCGGGUCUUCCACCUCUCCCAAGAAAGCACGGCCUAUGCAAACUUCGAUUUCCGCAACCCUCGUGCGGUGACCGUGAGAUAUGAUGCUUUGAAGGUUGAUGGCUAUUUCAUGCAGGGGACUAGCAUGUUGGAUGGAAUUUCCAUGCUCACGAAAUAUACCGGAAAAAUGCCAGCGCUCCCACGGUGGGUCGAUACCGGCGCUGUUCUCGGAAUUCAAGGAGGCCAAGCGAAGGUCAACCGAAUCGUCAAGAGGGGACUCCAGCAAGACUGUCCCAUUGCAGCUGUAUGGCUACAGGACUGGUCCGGCACACAUUCCCAGAGCGCCUCGUACAUGACUCUCAACAUCUCACGGCUGUGGUGGAACUGGGAGUCUGAUUCCGAGUUGUAUCCCACUUGGAAACAGUUUGUGCAGGAUCUACGUGAUGACCACAAUGUUCGAACCUUAUCAUAUAUCAACCCGUUCUUGGCAAAUGUGAGCACUAAGCCCGAUGGUUAUCGCCGGAAUCUGUUUCUGGAGGCCACCAAAGGUGGUUAUAUGAUCCAGAAUUCCACCACGAACAGUACUUCCAUCGUGUCCAGCGGUCCCGGAAUUGAUGCCGGAAUUCUUGAUCUGACCAACCCCGCAACGCGUUCCUGGUUCCGGAAUGUUCUUGUUGAACAGGUCUUCAGUGCGAACGUGUCUGGCUACAUGGGUGACUUUGGCGAAUACACGCCCAUAUACGCAGACACUCGUUUCGCCAACAAAAGCGUGGAUCCAUUCUUCUAUCACAACGAGUACCCUCGAGACUGGGCCAAAUUGCACCACUCGCUCGGCGAGGUAGUUCCCACUUUCUCGGACGCGAUCAUUUUCCACCGUUCCUCCGCACUUGCUGCUAACCGGUACAUGAACCUGUACUGGGCCGGUGACCAGGACACCAACUGGGGUGUCAAUGAUGGAAUUAAGUCAGCUGUGACUGUCAUGGGCCACAUGGGUCUGUCCGGCUAUGCACAUGGCCAUGUGGAGAUUGGCGGAUACACAACUACAUGGGACAGUAAUGGCGUCGUCAACCGCACGGCCGAGCUGCUUGGUCGUUGGGGAGAGCUAUCCGCAGUGUCUAGCGCGGUCUUCCGGUCACACGAGGGAAAUGUUCCCCUGGUCAACGCGCAAUUCUACACCAACGCAUCAACGUAUGCUUACUACGCAUACAAUGCCCGUAUGUUCCGCAGCCUGGCGACCUAUCGCCGCAGAAUCCUCGAUACAGAAAGCAAGAAUUUGGGCUGGCCCUUGGUUCGAAUGCCGGUCAUUUACUACCCCGAUGACGCGAAAGCAAAGGCGAUCAGCUACGAGAGCUUUUUCCUGGGCUCUGACUUAUACGUUGCGCCUGUGCUUGACCCUGGCCGCAAGAGCGUCGAGGUCUAUUUCCCUGGCCAGAACCAGUCAUACACGCAUGUCUGGUCCGGGCGGAGAUACCAAGGUGGCCAGACAGCCCGUAUCUCUGCCCCGUAUGGUAAGCCUGCUGUGUUUGUCGUGGGCCAGCCGAAGCACAAUGACCUCGAGGGCUUCCUUGAAUUUGUUCACAAGGAAAACGCGACAACGAUUCAUGUUUGA